UCAUUUUUGAAUUUGAACAAAAAUUCUUGCACCGUUUUGUUCUUUGUCGUCUACAUUUUUUGUAUUUUAAAACAUUUUAUUUAUUCUAUUUAUCUCAAGUUUUGUUCACAAUUUAACUUAAAGUUACAAAAAAAUGGAAGACAAUAAUGAACCAUCUCUAGAACGUCAUUUCACCGGACACAAUGCCGAUAUUACACAAAUUUGCUUCAAUCCCACAUCAAAUUAUAUAGCCUCCAGCUCUUUAGAUGCAUCCGUAAUGAUUUGGGAUUUGCAGCUAGCAUCUCGCUGCAUUCGAUUUAGUAGCCACACUGAAAAAGUUCAUUCAAUUGCAUGGGCUCACCAAUCGAACAUAGUCGCAUCGUCAUCUGAUUCCGGAUUGGUCAAAAUAUGGGAACCAAAGAUACGUGGAAUUACUAAAGAAAUUAUUGCGCAUAAUCAACCAGUGCGUACUGUUGAUUUUGAUCCUACAGGAAAAUUGCUGUUAACUGGCAGCGACGACAAGUCUAUGAAAUUGUGGAAAGUAUCUCUUAAAAAGUUUGUGGCUUCAUUCACUGGUCAUACAAAUUGGGUGAGAAGCGCAAAAUUUGGUCCUCAAGGAAAUAUUAUCGCCUCCACUGGCGACGAUAAGCAUGUUAAGAUAUUUGAUGUCGAAAAGUGUGAAUGCAUAUCGUCGUUUACUGAAGAAAAGGGUUUAGGGACGGAAGUAUCGUGGCAUCCGGAUGGGAAUUUGGUGGCUGUUGCAUUGACAAGCAACAGAAUAAAGAUAUACGAUAUACGAACCGAAAGUCUGAUUCAACUUUAUCAAGUGCAUUCGGCACCAGUUAAUACUUUGUCAUUCCAUCCAUCGGGUAAUUAUAUUUUGUCAGGCAGCGAUGAUGAGACUAUGAAAAUUUUGGAUUUGCUGGAAGGAAGGCCACUAUUCACACUUACAGGACACACUCAAAAAGUUAAAUCUGUAGCUUUCUCUGUAGAUGGAUUGCAAUUUGCAACUGCAGGGGCAGAUAAGCAGCUGUUGGUAUGGAAGUCGAAUUUAGGCAACGCAGGUGGUCCAUCAGGGAAAGAUAUGAUGCAUGGUGGAGUUGGUAACAACAGUUUUGAGGAAGUUUUGAUUGAUCCGAGAAGAAAAAAUGUGUAUGGAACACAAGAUGAUAAGUUUCAUGUUGAAGACAGCAUCUCUACAAAUGAAUAAAUUUGUUAAACCAACAAAUGUCCAUGCGUAAAUUUAUCGAAUAAAACUGACUCCAUUAAAUGUAUUACAAAGUGUUGUUAAAAACUCGAAA